GACUCAUUUUCUCCAGCUAGAGGCCAUCGGCAAUUCUAGUCGACGUCGUUUGUUGCUCACCCAAGUCCAAACUCCUUCCUUUCCUUCUUUUCUUGAAUUGCUUGGCGUUUCAACUCUCUUCCCUAGGAAUUGGACCACGCCAUGGAUUUGCUCUCAGUCUCGUCCACUUCUUCAUCCUCUUCUCUAUGCCCUCACUUCUUCUCUCGCUCCAAAUCCCCCCACCAUCUCUCUUCAUUCAAGAUCCAAAUACCCUCCACUCCCGCAUGCCAUCCCAGAACCUCCGUUCACAACUCUCUCCACACCUUCUCUCCCAAACCCCUCAAAUCCCUAGCCUUCGAAUCUCAGCAACGAGAAAGAAGCUGUGUUACUUUCGAACUCUCCGCUGGGCCUCCGCAGACCCCGGGGACGGCCAUUAGAGGCUCCGAAGCCGACGCCAUGGGGCUUUUGCUCAAGGAGAGGAUUGUGUUCUUGGGGAGCAGCAUCGAUGACUUCGUGGCUGACACCAUUAUCAGUCAGUUGCUGCUCUUGGAUGCUCAGGACCACACUAAGGAUAUCCGUCUUUUUAUCAAUUCCCCUGGCGGAGCUUUGAGUGCGACGAUGGCCAUCUAUGAUGUCGUAAAGCUUGUGAGGGCUGAUGUUUCCACAGUUGCACUUGGCAUUGCUGCAUCCACGGCUUCCAUAAUCCUUGGUGGUGGCACUAAAGGCAAGCGUCUGGCUAUGCCCAAUACACGGAUUAUGAUUCAUCAACCUCUUGGAGGUGCUAGUGGCCAAGCAAUUGAUGUGGAAAUUCAAGCAAAAGAAGUCAUGCAUAAUAAGAAUAAUGUCACAAGAAUUAUUUCAGAAUCCACUGGUCGCUCAUUCGAACAAGUCCAAAAAGAUAUUGAUAGGGAUCGAUACAUGUCCCCUAUAGAAGCAGUUGAAUAUGGAAUAAUCGAUGGAGUUAUCGAUAGGGAUAGCAUUAUUCCUCUAAUGCCUGUGCCAGAAAGGGUGAAAUCGAGACUGAAUUAUGAGGACAUUAGUAAAGAUCCAAUGAAGUUCUUGACACCUGAUGUUCCAGACGAUGAGAUAUACUAGCUUUGGGUAUAUGUUACAAUUAUAAUACUCUGACAGCUGUUCUUUUUAAUUGCUAUUUGUCUAGAACUUCAUGUAAGUUGGUGUUAUUUACAGUUAGAUUUUGCCACUUUACUGAGGGAAUCUUGUCGAUUUUCAAACUA